GGCCGUAGUUGGUUGGAACACACGGUAGGAUCGCAUCCCCUGCCGCGCAUACCUGAGCCACGCUUGGCGAGGGCGGCAGUGAUCCGCACCCUUUCUAGUCUAGAGGCCAGCGGCGGCGGGCUCUCUCCCCCAGGAGCUUCCUUGUUGUCGUCGCUUUUCGUCCUUUACACAUUCCUUUUGGCUUCCUUCCCGAAUUCCUCGUGUAAUCCAACGAGGCGCAAAUGCCAUUUCCUUGGCCCGAAUGACAACUACGAACCGAGGCCAGCAGCCCACGAUGGCGAGGACGCUCGCGCUGGCGGCGUGCCUGCUGGCGGCGCGGAGCGCGCAGGCGCAGUCGGUCGAGGCGCCGAGCCGAGAGAACUUUUUGCGGCGCGAGGGCCACACGGUGGCGGUGCUGGGCGAGCACCUCUACAUCGAGGGCGGCGAGCUGUCGCAGAUGGCCGACGGGCGGCGGGUGGGGUCGUGGUCGGAGCCGACCAACACGACGCUCGCCAUCCCGCUCGCCAAGUCCUGGACCACGCGCGACGUCGCGUUCGAGAGCAUCCCGCACGGCGACGACGCGCCCUACACGCGCAUGGGCGCGCUGUGGGCGGGCACCGACAACAAGACCCUGUACGGCUGGGGCGGCACGAACCCCUUCAACGUCAUCAACGAGGGCUCCAUCAAGACGCGGCUGCGCGUCUUUACGAAGAGCAGCGACGGCGCCGCGGCGGGAACCUGGCGGAACGAGCCGCCCGACCCAAACAUCCUGCGCACCCAGGUGGGCGCCUCGACCAGCUGCAACGGCGCCGGGCUGGCCAUGAGCGGCAUCGGCAGCCUGUGGAGCGACAGCCGCGUGCCGCCGCGGUACGGAUACCGGGACGUGCUUGCGACGACGCGAGCGGUGCAGGGGCUCGUUAUCUACAGCAUGGACAGUCGCACGUGGUCCAACGAGACGCAGGACGAGUCUUCGGGGUUCCGGGUGCCAUUCGGGCCGCGGCGACGCGCGGGCGUCGAUGACGGCGCGGCCGUUUGUUUGGGUGGCGGCGGCGGCGAGAAGGUCGGCACCAACGGGCGCGGCGUCGCCUUUUUUCUGGGCGGCACGCAGGGCGAGGUGGUCGAGGGCAAGAACCCGCAACCCAUCGACUUUGGCGUCGUCAACCUGUAUGACGUGGCGACGCGCACCAUGCACUCGCAGACCACGACGGGCGACCGACCCGAGGGCACCGUGGCGGGCCACUGCGCCGUGGUGGCGGGCGGCGGCAGCAGGGGGUCGUACGAGAUCUUUGUGUCGGGCGGGCGCGGGCGCAGCCCCGGCGAGGUCUAUAUCCUGACGGUGCCCGGGUUCCGCUGGUUCAAGGCGCCGCAGGGGGCGGUGGACGACUCGGACCGGUGGCGGCACAGGUGCGCGGUUGCGGGCCGCGGCGGGAGGCAGAUGAUCGCCGUGGGCGGGCUGCCGUCGCGCGCGCAGGACCCGUUCGGCAGCAGGGACCCCUGGGCCAACGGGCUCAAGGUCCUUGACAUGACGAGCCUGACGUGGGGGGACAGCUACAACGCCGACGCGCCGGCGUAUGAGGCGCCCGAGAUGGUGCGCAAGUGGUAUUCCGAGUCGUAUCCCGGCCGAGAUGCCUUCAAGUGGGACCGCGACGACACCAAGGCGCUUUUUGCACAAAUGCCAGCCAUUACAAACAGCAGCGGCGGCAGCUCGUCGCAGCCCCAGGACGAGUCCAAGCCCGGCGGUUCCUCCACGUCAUCCUCGGUGCCCCUGGGUGCCAUUAUCGGCGGCGCCGUGGGCGGCGUGGUCGCCCUCGCCGCCGUCGCGGCAGCGGUCUGGUGGUUCUGUUUCCGGCGGCGGAAGCAGGCGCAGCAGGACCCGCAGGACCACGAGUCGUCGGCUGGCGAGACGUCGGCGGCGCUGGGCCAGGCGCACGCGGCCAUGUGGGAGAACAAGGCCGGCGGCACAGGGGCGGGUUACGGCGACAACAAGCCGCCGCUGGCCGAGGCGCACUCGGAGGUGAGCCCCAGCGUGCUGGGAGGGACAAGUCCCAGCAUGCUCGAGAACACGAGCCCCAGCAUGCUCGACGCGGGCAGCCCGCGCGUCUACCACGAGAUGAGCGGCGACAUGUACCACGGACACGAGAUGCCCAGCCCGCCGCCCGCGCUGGAGAUGCCCACCCAUGAGGCGAGGCCGCAGGAGCUGGGGCCGGGGCCGGGUGUCAAGUUUGACUCUUUUCCGCAGAGGUAGCGAGCGGUGCGGGACGGGGGGUGAGAUGCACUGCAGUCUGCGACCGCGCUCAUGAUGCCAACUGGGGAGUGGCCGAAUCAUCCGCCCACGGGUCCAGUGGCCAAAUGGCAAGGCGCUUGACUACGAAUCAAGAGAUUGCAGGUUCGAUCCCUGCCUGGAUCGUGUAUUCAUUCACUUCUUUGUCUUUUUGCGACCUGUAGAUUCCCCCGCCAUAGCGUUGCAGCGACACACUGCAUAUAAUUAUCCAAUGUAACACUUGUAAUCCAUA